AUGCUGUAUCUGGAAGAUUUUUUAGAACUUAUUGAACAUCUUCCGAAUGAACUACGAGAACGAUGUACCGACUUGAGAAUGCUAGAUCUUAAAGUUCAAAGCGGUUUGGAUCAAAUCAAUAAAGCGGUGAAAGAGUAUUUCGAGCAGUCUCCAGGUUUGUCGAGGGAAGAGCAAGAACGUAGAUUUUCAAAGAUAAAAGAGGUUUGUUUUUGA